CAGAUCUGGUCAGACCAUGAUCCGUGCUUGCUGCGACGCACACGAAGUGUGUACACUUCGUACGGCAUGGCAUGUUCUCACCCUCUGCUCUCUCUCUCUCUCCCUGGCGUUUACGCGUCUUUCCCCCCCGCACGCCACCGCCGGCUGCCGCCAAGAGGUUGCAUUCGCAAACAUGAAAGGUGACAUGGCCCGCCGUGUGGCGUAUGGCGUGACCGCGGACAAUGCGACGGCAGGGAAAGCCACACAGUUGCAAUCAAUCGUUGGUUUGUAUCGCGAUACCUGCGACGAGGCAACCCGGGCUUUUCAGCGGCUCUGUCUUGAUGAUGUGAUGUCAUCUUCUCUGCGUUGCAGCGCUAUUGGCGAUAACAGAGGGAGGUUUGGCCGGGAUGCUGCUAUCUCAUGUACGCGAGGCAAUAGAUCGAGAUUGCCCAAGUGCAGUGGUAGGUACGUUGGUAGCUUAGUGAAUUAGAGGCACUGCAGGUGUCAUUAUGGCUUGCCACGAGGGUCGUCUGCCGGGUAAAGUUUCGCACAGCGAUUGGGCAAUCGAAGGGCAUC